UCCCUUUUAGCUGUGUUGGCCUCCACGCGCUGAGGAUGGCUGGAGCUGUGCGGACACGCGUUGCUGUGGUAACCGGGGGUAACAAAGGUAUUGGAUUCGAGGUGGUGAAGUCCCUGUGUCGACUCUUUCCAGGCGAUGUUUUGUUGACUGCAAGGAACGAGAGCCUGGGUCGAGCAGCGGUGGCUAGCCUGGAACAGACUGGCCUGAAACCACAGUUCUUCCAACUAGACAUCACUGACCAAACCAGCAUCGCGUCCUUGGCUGCGCACCUGUCACACAAAUAUGGCGGACUGGACGUCCUCGUCAACAACGCCGGCAUCAUGUUCGGGAGGUCAUCAACGGCUACCUUUGAAGAACAGGUCAAGGCCACUAUGAAGGUCAACUUCUGGGCCAAUCUUAACGUCUGCAAAACGUUCUUCCCGCUUCUCCAUCCCCAUUCAAGGGUCGUGAACGUUUCCAGCAUGCUUGGAAGCACAGCGUUGAAUAAAUGUGCAAAGGACAUCAAGACAAGGAUUACCGCCCCUGACAUUACACUGGAUGAACUGGAAAACUUGAUGAAACAAUUUGAAACAGAUGUUUCGUCAGGGACGUACAGCCAGGCGUGGCCAGAGACGGCGUACGGAGUGUCCAAAAUAGGCAUGACAACGAUGUCGCUAAUCCAGCAGAGGGUGUUGGACAGAGAAGGAAAGACAGACGUCGUUGUAAAUGCGUGCUGCCCGGGAUGGUGUAGAACAGAUAUGGGAGGCCAGAAAGCCAUCAGCUCCGCGGAAGAAGGUGCAGAUACCAUUGUCUAUCUUGCAACACUUCCGCCGGAGGUGAUGUCACCACGAGGACAACUUGUAACUCGCCGCAAAAUCAAGCCAUGGACCAAAGGAAGCGUUUUGUAAAGGCAGCAUAUCAUGGGUUACACAACGUCAUACGCUGACAAAAAUGUCUCAAUGUAUGUGGGUAUAAAUCAUGAUAUUGUGGUUGUCCAAUUAUUGGCAGGGAUCAGUGAGAUGGAUGUACGUAAAUGUAGGUCAUACAGUUCAUGUGCAGUGCAAUAGUCACUUUGUAAAAUGGCAGAAAUUACAAUUAAUGUGUGAAGUGAUCAUAUAUAUAUCUUAUUCCCCUGAUACAGAAUAUAGAAUGUGGACAUUAUGUAAAAAGAUGAAAUAGCAGGGUGUUUGACAAGUCAAGAUCUACAAUGUUUUUGUCCAAAGUUUUUAUUUUUUAUUUUACAAAUAGACGUGCAUUCCACAUUGACUGUAACAUAUAUAUGUGUGUGUGUGUGUGUGUGUGUGUGUGUGAGAGAGAGAGAGAGAGAGAGAGAGACAGAGUUAUGGAUAUAUAUAUAUAUAUAUAUAUAUGUAUAUAUAUUUAUAUAGUACUGCAAAAUGUAACUGAUUUAUAUGAAGUUCAAUAAAAAGAUAUUCUCAUAUUAAAUUAUGCAUCUUUCAAUAUAUA